AGGUCAUCUCAUGCAUUAAGCAAUGCUGGUGGUGGCAUGCCAUUUAGGGAAUCAUAUGCUGGUGGUGGCAUGCCAUUUAGGGAAUCAUAUGCUGGUGGUGGCAGGUCAUCUCAUGCAUUAAGCAAUGCUGGUGCUUAUGAAACGCGCCUUUGUAGUGGUGUGCAAUUUGCUGUGGCAAUUGAGGAUUUUAAGGGCAUUACAGUUUCUCUCAAGCUUCUAAAUCCCCCUGUAAUCGGAGAAAACAUUUCUUUCAACGUCGUAAUCACUAAUAAUGAGGCCGCUCCAAAACAGCUGAAAAAACAUGUGAACGCUCAGAACAAGGAGUAUAACCGCAAUCCCACUGGAACCUUCUGGGAGGCUCAUGACGACGUGAAGAUCGGCCCGAAUAAAACUGUGACUGCAAAACAUGAGAUCACCUUCAAGGAGUACAUGCUGAAGGAGGCUGCGGAUGUUUUUCUGGUUAACCUGGCUGUGGUUAUUGAGGAUGUGAAGUCUCAGGAGAAAGUGCUGGCAUCAGAAGAGUUCAACAUCCGCAGCCCUACCCUCAGUGUACAGAUUCAAAAUGAGUCAUCGGUCAUCAUUUACGCUCCACAAGUUGCCACAGUGACCUUCGUGAACCCGUUCAACACUGCAGUGAGCGGAGAACUGACCAUAUCCGGUUCAGGACUCUUGGAGGAGAAGGCUAAAAUGAGGGUUACAAUCCAGCCUCGAGAAACCAUGAAGAAGCCUGUCAAUUUCACUCCCAGGAUGGCAGGUUCCAAAAUGCUUUCUGCUAAUUUAGUGCUGACGAAUCCUCCCACCAUCCUGCAUGGAUUCACGACCAUCAACGUUCAAAGAUCUUAAGAGUCAAACAGCUUCAGAAAUGAUUGUAUACACUCACGAAGUGCUACACUAGUGGUUGAAACACAUUUAAAAAUUAUUGCUUUUUAAUUACUAUUUUAAUGUCACUAUGAAAAUGUUUUUGGCUUGAUUUACUGUUAUGUAGGGACAAGCCUGAAAAUAAAGUAUUCUUCUUAACAUGUCCAUGUAUUAUGCUUGUUUGCAAUCUGUUCUCAUGCUUUCUCCAGCAGAGGGCAGACUAAUUAUGUAAUUUACUUCUUAAGGGAAUGUGUUCACUGGUACAACAAGAAGUGUAAUUAAACAGAACAUGAACUACAGAAAUGC